AUGUUAUCUUUCAUUCCAUAUAGGCAAACACAGUAUAAGAUUUAUGCAGGAAGAAAAACAAGUGGAUAUAUUGAAGGAAGCAUCACAAUCUCUGGCUAUCCAAAGAACCAAAAGACAUUCGCUCGCAUAUCGGGAUAUUGCGAACAAUUCGAUAUCCAUUCACCCAAUGUUACAGUUUAUGAAUCUUUGCUAUAUUCUGCAUGGCUUCGUUUAUCGCCUGAAGUUGAUCAUGCAACUAGAAAGAUGUUUAUUGAAGAAGUUAUGGAGCUAGUAGAACUUAACUCAUUAAGAGAAGCACUUGUUGGAUUUCCUGGCGAGAACGGACUUUCAACCGAACAACGUAAGAGACUUACAAUUGCGGUUGAACUUGUAGCGAAUCCGUCGAUAAUAUUCAUGGAUGAGCCGACCUCUGGCCUUGAUGCUAGAGCAGCUGCUAUAGUAAUGAGAACAGUAAGGAACACAGUGGACACAGGACGUACCGUGGUUUGCACGAUCCAUCAGCCAAGUAUCGACAUUUUUGACGCCUUUGAUGAGCUUCUACUUCUGAAAUUGGGAGGUGAGCAGAUAUAUGCUAAUCCAAUAGGCGACCAAUGUUUCGAUUUAAUAGAGUACUUUGCGGCUAUUCAAGGAGUUCCUAAGAUCAAAGAUGGUUAUAAUCCUGCGACAUGGAUGUUGGAAGUUACAUCAGCAGGAUCAGAAACAAAUCUUAAGGUCAAUUUCACUGAUGUGUACAAUAACUCAGAACUAAACAGGAGAAAUAAACAGUUGAUUCAGCAGCUUAGUGCUCCUUCUCAAGAUUCAAAAGAUCUACACUUUGAUGCGCAAUAUUCACAAACUUUUAUGGCACAAUGUGUAGCUUGUCUAUGGAAACAACAUUUAUCAUACUGGCGGAACACAUCGUAUACGGCUGUUAGACUGUUAUUUACUAUCAUGACAGCUUUAUUGUUUGGCCUAAUUUUUUGGGAUGUUGGCUUGAAAAGGAAAAAGGAGCAAGAUCUAUUCAAUGCAAUAGGAUCAAUGUAUGCUGCUGUCACCUUCAUAGGAGUUGUAAAUGGUGCCUCGGUGCAACCAAUAGUAGCGAUUGAGAGAACAGUUUUCUAUCGAGAAAGAGCGGCAGGAAUGUAUUCGGCUUUGCCAUAUUCUCUUGCGCAGGUUAUUAUAGAGCUUCUCCACAUUUUGGUUCAGGCUCUUGUAUAUGGGAUCAUAGUUUAUGCCAUGAUGGGAUUUGAGUGGACAACAUCAAAAGUUUUGUGGAAUCUCUUCUUCACUUACUUUAGUUUCUUAUACUAUACCUACUAUGGUAUGAUGACAAUGGCCAUAACUCCAAAUCCACAUGUUGCUGGCAUAUUGUCCACUUCAUUCUAUGCAAUAUGGUGCCUUUUCUCAGGCUUCAUCAUUCCCUUAUCCAGAAUACCGAUAUGGUGGAAAUGGUACUAUUGGAUGUGUCCGGUUGCAUGGACCUUAUAUGGAUUGGUUGCUUCUCAAUAUGGAGACAAUAUGGACACACUUGAGAAUGGUCAAAGGGCACUACUAAAAGCUAAACUAGAAACCCAAAAGCUAAAACACACUUUUGGAACUGCAACCUCAGAAACUUUUACUUAUGAGUCAGAACACUACUUCUGA